AUGCAUGCCAAGGUGGGCACCGAGGCUUGGGAUAAUCACUGGAGCCGACUUGACGGCGACGGCACGGUGUCGUGGUCCGACGCCCACCUCACCCCAGAGGGCGUAUCCCAAGCGGUGACGCUCUCCGCAUUCUGGACCGCGCUGAUCGAGAAGGGCGCCCCCUUCCCCGACACCAUCUACAGCUCGCCCCUGACGCGCUGCCUCCAGACGACCAAGCACAUCUGGGCGCCCAUCUACCAGUCGCGCGGCGCGCCCUUCCACCCGCUGAUCAAGGAGCUCCUCCGCGAGCAAAUCACCGACCACACGUGCGACCGGCGCAGCCCGCGUGCCCGCCUCGCCGAGGACUUCCCCGAGUUCCUCUUCGAGGAGGGCUUCGCCGAGACGGACACCCUGUGGAGGGCCGACCGCUGGGAGCCCCUGCCCGAGCACUGCGCGCGCAAGCAGGCCGUCCUCGAGGACCUCUUUCGCCGCGACGAGGGCGCGUGCUUGUCCCUGUCCGUGCACUCGUUUGCCAUUGCCGUCAUCAUGGCCGUGUGCGAUGCCGAGAUGUAUAGGGUUAGGAGGGUACUUCCUCGCGCUGCUCGUCAAGGCGGAGGAGGUGGAUGA